AUGAUUCGAAACUAGUUGCAUUCGUUACCGUAUUUCAGAUUACGAUCAUGAAGUUCAUAGUCGUUAGUCUGUUUUUAACGUUGUACUGUACUUUUAGUAAUUGUAAAUCAGCUACAAAGGAUUUCCGUGACAUAAAUGAUACAAGCAAUCAUUUAUCAUUGGAUGAAAUUCUAAAAUACGUAGAAGACCUGGUCAAACAGCUGGAAGAAUCUAUGAAGACACUUAUCGAUGACAUUGAAAAGUGUUUCCCACUGGAUGGACAAAAACGACGAGAGAUGCCCUUUGUUGAUCCGAGAAGUUCUCAUUACAGCAGCAGCGAAUCUUCCUUGCCGGAAUCCAACUUGUGGGAUAUAUUGGAGGAGCUGAUGAUGGAAACAUUGGAAACCGUACGAGAUAUCAUCAAAAGAAUUUUAGGCAUUCAAGGAGCAACCCGUUUGCUCCACGUGAUGAACAUGAACGAUGGAUUUGACCAACAGAUCAUUGAAGAGAAGGUGGAACAGUUUGCGGUUUAUGCUAUUGGUCUCCUUAAGAACAGGGUCGAGUUGGAUACAGAUAUUGCAGAUCGCUUAGAAGAUUUACUGUUACGCGUAAACUAACACUUCAAUAUUUUCAAUUGUCUGCUACAGCAAAAAGAUCUUUUACAUGCAUAAGAUAGGUUCAAAAAUAGAUUUUUAAUAUCUUUUAAGUUGACAUUGGAGAGAGAUGACAAUCCGGCACAAAUAUCAAAUAUCAAAUUAGCCAUCACAUUCGAGAGAAAAAAAAUCUUUCAUCACAUAUCUGUGGCCUUUA